CCGUGCAACUUUCACCUAAACCUUCAUCGUUUCAAGCAGGUUUGCCCUAAUCUUAAGAUCUUCAGACAGGAGACUCCACAGCCUUCCCUAGUGACUGUUCCAGUGGUCAUAGCCCGCUUUGGCUGCAGGCCUUUCCUUACGUCUCACCCACGUCCCUCCUGCUGCACGGAAAUCUCCCUCGAGAUUUCACUAAUUCUCAGAUCCGUAGCGACUUCCUGUGCCUUAGCCAGUCCACCCCCUGUGGGCCUCUGCCCUGCGGGCCACCUCGCCGCCAGUCUAGCAGCUGAGCACUUCCCUACCCUGCCGGAGUCCGCCGCUCAUGAUGCCUGACCUCGACCUCUUAUUUCCAGCGCCUUCUACCAGGGGGUGAAACAGCGGAGCCUGACGUGGGUUCUGCACCGGUGGCGGAGGAGGGCCCGGCCUCCGGGGCCCCUCCCUGCCAGCUCCGGGGUCUCCGUCCCGGAGCCGUUGGGCAUCCUACCGGACUCGGCAGAGGACUCCGGCUUGCCCAGGUUCCCCAACGGCCUCCCGGCCAGGCCGGACACCAGUGCUCCCUGCAGCUCAGCGGACAAGGCUCCUGGGGAGGCCCAACUGGAGACCCCGCGUGCUCGAUUCUCGCCGGAGGCCAGGCAGCGGAGGCGUUACCUUCUGCUGUGGUUGGCUCGCGCCCAGCGGGCUUGGGAGGCCGACUGCCAUCACGGGAUCUCCCUGCAGAUGCGCGUGUUCCGGGGCUGGAGCCGCCGGGCAGCCACCCACCGUGCCCGGAAAGAGCCGGCUCUCCGCCAGGUCGGGGAGCGUCGGUGCCGGGUGGCACUCGGCCUCUGGCGGCUGCGGCUGGCACAGAAGCGGGAGGUGGAGCGGCGGGAUCAAGAGCGGGCCUGGAGACGGGCGCGAUGGGUUCUGCAAAUCUGGCACAGCUGCUGGCAGAGGGCGCAGAUCCUGCACUGGCGCUGGAUGCAGGGUCACUCCCUGAAGGUGGUGAGGGCGGCAUUCUACAGCCGGCACCGCCAGGUUGUGCAGAAGAGAAGCGCGGCCUCCCGGCAGGAGCGAUACCUCUUGCACAGGAAUCUGCCCCAGGAUCAGGGAGAAUUGGGGACGGGUGGGAACGGUCAGGGAGGAAGUGGGGGCUGGUGGGAGACGCGGAAGGGACCAGUAUGGAUUCUGUGUGUUGACUAG